AUGAGAGCAGGUCUAGUACCGCUAUUAGGAUCAUUGGUGUCCCUAACAUAUGCCACCGCGACCUACUCGUCUGUUGGAUGCUACAAAGAAUCGGAUCUGGUAUCAGGUCUCGACUCCAAAGGCUCUUACACCUACCAAAGCACUUCUUACUGUCAGGAACAGUGUGAUGACACCGACGUCGUAGCGCUCCUGGGUGGUGAUACCUGCUACUGUGGGGACUCUGCAUCAGUUCUGGCCUCGGUGUCAACCUCAGGCUCUGGGAAUUGCAAUACUAAAUGUGCCGGAUGGCCCUACGAUACUUGCGGUGGUUCCGGAUACUUACAAGUAUAUCUGAAAGCCGGUGUUUCUGUGCCGUCGUCGAGCCAAAGCUCCUCGGCGAGUUCCAGUAGCCUCUCAAGUUCAAGCUCCAGCUCCGGAUCAAGCGGAUCUACGACUUCUUCAAGUUCAAGCUCUAGCUCUAGCUCUAGUUCCAGCUCCAGUGCCAGCUCUAGCUCAAGUACUCCCUCGAGUUCCAGCUCCAGUUCCAGCUCUAGUUCGAGCUCUAGCUCCAGCUCCAGUCCCAGCUCUACUUCUAGUUCCAGCUCUAGCUCUAGUUCCAGUUCCAGUUCCAGUUCUAGCUCCAGUCCAAGUUCGAGCUCAACUACAAGCCCAACUUCGGCAUCUACGUCAAGUUCUAGCUCGUCCUCCCGGAUGCAAACUACUGUUGUCACUUCUUCAGUGUCCAUCGUUACACUCUCUAACAAUGAUCACUCUACAAUGUUUGUUACCCAAACUACAGUAAUAGACUCGCCUUCUUCAUCGGCGCAGUCUAACUCAAAUUCCGCGAAUUCAAGUGCCAACAAGAAGAGCUCGUUAUCCGGCGGCGCCAUAGCCGGCGUUGUUGUGGGUGCGAUAUUGGGUUCGCUAUUGAUCGCUGGGGUAGUAUUUUUCUUAUUCUGGCGCCAUCGCAAACAGCAAGCAAAGGAUCUAGAAGAAACGAAGCAGCAUCAGCCGUACUCAUUUGGUGAUAGCGACGGUUCCGCAGUUCCGGCUGCCGCUCAACGCAAUACCUCGUUACGUCGCACAUCCUCCGAAAUGGACCAAUCUUUAAACAACGACUACUCGCAACAAACGCCAUUUGACGACAGUUUUGGUCGAAUAAGACUCAGCAAUGGUUCAUUACCAGACGUUACGCAGGAGCAUGGGCCACUUCGUAUAGUCAACCCAGACUCAGACUGA